CGCUGCAAUUUAGCCUUGGUUUGGCUCACGUCCUUUCGUCACUUCAGCGGAGCACACACACAAGAGAGGCUUCUGUGUCAUCACUGUGUCACAUAUGCUGAAUGACUGACACCACGGAGACGGCCUUACACUCUUAUAUAUUCCUCCUAUGCCACAUCUAUCCGUCGCCUGAAUGUGCCUUGACUUGAGACGUGGAUCGAUGACGUCUGGGGAUUGCGGAGUACUUCGAAGAUCCAACAGCAACAUCCAGCUCCUCCCCUCCCUUCACCUUCUGUUGUAUGAGCAGAUUGCUUUCGAGAGUACAGCAGACAUCCAGACAUCUAAGUAGAAGCACAAGUACCAUGACGGACACGGCCACCUACAAAUUCAACCAUACGAUGAUCCGUAUCAAGGAUCCCAAAGUCUCGCUACCGUUCUAUCAAAAGAACUUUGGCAUGAAGCUGAUUGAUACGAAGGAUAUGCCAGACGCCAAGUUUUGCUUGUACUUCUUGGCUUUCGACUCGCCCGAUGCACCAAGUCAGGGCAAGGAUCGUUCUGACCGAGAGGCCGUCCUUGAAUUGACCCAUAAUUAUGGCACAGAAGACCAAGAUGGACAAGUCUAUGUCAGCGGCAACCAAGACCCGCAUAAAGGAUUCGGUCACAUCUGCUUCAGCGUCGAUAACUUGCCAGCUGCUUGUAAGCGUCUCGAGGAAGACGGCGUCAAGUUCCAGAAGCGUCAGAGUGAAGGCCGUAUGAAGCAAAUCGCGUUUGCCCUUGACCCUGAUGAGUACUGGAUCGAGCUCAUUGGACAUGGCAAGGAAGACAUCGAGGGACAGUUCAGUGUUCAAAGCUAUCGCUUCAACCACACGAUGAUUCGCAUCAAGGAUCCGAAAGUGUCACUCCAAUUCUACCAGGAAGCGCUGGGCAUGCACUUCAUUGCGAAGCUUGAAGCCAAAGAAGCAGGCUUUGAUCUGUACUUCCUCUCCUUCCCCAAAACCCUCCCCAAUGGCGUCAAGACUGCUGACCUGACACCCAAGUCGGAGAGCAAGAACCAGUUCAGCGACGCAGAGGGUAUUCUUGAGCUGACGCAUAAUCACGGCACCGAGUCGGAUGAGACGACCUAUCACAAUGGUAACGAAGGAAAGGACAAGCAAGGUUUCGGGCACUUGGCCAUCUCCGUUGACAACCUCGAAGCUUGUUGUGAGCGCUUCGAGAAGCUUGGUGUGCAAUUCAAAAAGAAGUUGACGGAUGGUCGUAUGAAGAGCAUUGCCUUCAUUUAUGACCCAGACAAAUACUGGAUCGAGGUGAUUGCAAACGAGUCGUUGAAGAAGUAGCACAGUUGGAGAAGUAGCACAUAGCAACAAGGCAGAGAGAUACACAACAAAUAAGCAAGCUGGUGACUAUUUUCUGUUUCUACCACUUGAGACUGCCCUCAAAGAUAGUUUCAAGGUCCUCCUUCAUGACCG